CCCAGCUCUAAACCGGGUGGCCACAUGUGCCAGCAGCAGCAGCACCUACACCCGUCAAUCUCAAGUCGUGCGGAAUCAUUUCCCUCCCAGAAAUCAAGCGAGGCCCGAUCGCACACUCACUCCCUCACUCACUCGAUCGCCUAGCUAAGCUGCUGACACCACCAAACACACACGCACGCACACACUAGCUAAGCCGAUGGCGUCGCCGAAGAAGACGAAGCCGCGGGCGAGGCGGCCCCUGCUGCUCCGGCGAGCCAUGCUGCAUUCCUCCCUCUGCUUCCUCCUCGGCCUCCUCGCCGGCCUCGCCCCCGCCUUCCGCUGGACCCACGUGGCGUCCACCGCGGCCACCGCCCACGUCUUCCGCGCGCUCCACGCCGUCGACGGCGCCUUCAACCACACCGUGCUCCUGCUCCAGCAGCAGCAGCGCCAGCUGCAGCACGGGCACGUCGACGUCGCCGCCGCCGCCCUCCCCUCGCCGCCGCCGCCGGAGACGGAGCCGCUGCGGCAGCCGCAGCUGCUGCUGGUGGUGACGGCCACGGAGCGGUCGGACCCGGAGCGGCGGGCCGCGGGGCUCACCCGCGCGGCGCACGCGCUCAGGCUCGUGCCCCCGCCCGUGUUGUGGCUGGUGGUGGAGCGGGCGACGGAGGCCCCGGCCACGGCGCGCCUGCUGCGCGGCGCCGGGGUGUCGUACCGGCACCUGGCCUACCCCGAGAACUUCACGGCCGACGGCGUCGGCGUGGAGAAGGAGCGGCACCAUCAAAGGAACGUGGCGCUGGGGCACGUCGAGGAGCACCGCCUGGACGGUGUCGUGCUCUUCGCCGGCCUCGGCGACGUCCACGACCUCCGCUUCUUCGACCAGCUCAGGCAGAUCAGGAAGUUGGGCGCGUGGCCGGUGGCGACGGUGUCGGAGCGCGAGCGGAAGGCGACGGUGGAAGGGCCAUUGUGCGGCGGCUCGCCGUGGGCGGUCACGGGCUGGUUCUCCACGGCCGGCGCGACGCCGACGGCGAGGGCGGCGAGGCCGCCGGUGGGAACGGUGGACGUGGCGCGCUUCGCGUUCGGCAACGCAUUGCUCUGGGACCCCCACCGCUGGGACAGCUUCCCCGUCUCCGAGCCCGACGCCUCACAGGAUUCGAUAAAGUUUGUGCAACGAUUGGCCGCACACGAGUACAACGAGUCGAGAGGAAUGCCUGAUCCCGAUUGCUCGGAAAUCAUGGUGUGGCGUGGAGAUCAGCUCGUCGCUACCUAGAUCGCUCUGGAUGAUCAUAAUACAACAUACUAAAUGUCUAUGCGCGUUUAUCGCAACACAGCUAAGCAGGUUUUGUUAGCUACAGAGUACUAGCAGCCCCAAAUUACGGGGGCAAAAUGAUAUUGUAAUAGCCCUUGGAAAACAAAAAUGAUACUCCCUACGUUUUAUAAUAUAAAAACGUUUCUAUAGAUCUCGCAAAUGAGAAGACGAUACUGUAAUAGGUGAUAAAGUAGCUUUCCGUA